AUGACAGAAAAAGUGUCUCGUAAAGCGCAUCCAUUACGUGAAACUGACUCUGAAUGGGUCGGCGCUUCAGCUUUAACGAAACCUACUCCGCUUUCUGGUUCUUCGAACGCAAACCCCUCCAAUAAACGGAGGCGUUUGAUCGUGGACAGUGAUGAUUCUUGUGAUGGCACUGCUCAAAAUAUUGAUAUUGCAGAGUGUUCAAAGGUUUUUGAACCAAAAGUUGCUUCGAUGGAUUUGGAUAAUGUGUCGGUAAAUGGAGUUAAGACAGAUGAUGAUAAUUCUGGUGUCCCGAUGAUCCAUGACAUCAGGAAUGAAUGCAAAGAAAAUCGUUGUACUCCGUCCACACGUUCACCCGAAUGCAAGCAGAGAAGACCUCCCGCGACGGAAACGGUGAAUACGGAAAUUGCGCCCGUCCAAAUUCCAUGUGUUGGCUUGGAACAUUUGAAAGCCAAACUCAAGAGUCAGGGUGAUUUGGGAUCGUUGGCUGAGAGUAUUCGUUCUCGUCAGAAGACCAUGUUCACUCCCAAACCCUUGACUGUUUCCAUGGUGUUCAGCAAAUUGAAAGAAAUCGCGUCAAUGUCGGGAAAUUCUUCUCAGGCCAAAAAAGUUGAGAAGAUCUGUUCUCUUCUGGUUGCCUGCCGCGAAUGUGAAGCUAAGUACUUGAUCCGUAGUCUAUCCGGAAAACUUCGGAUUGGUCUGGCUGAGCAGAGCGUCCUGACUGCCCUUGGGCAAGCCGCGGCGAUCACACCCUUCCAUUCGGCGGCAGCUGUGAAAGUGGGCGUUCCUAGUCGUCUGUUGGACGUGAGCACUGGUGUGUCGAACGAACAAUGGAAAGCUCGUGUUGAAGUUUGUGUGGCGAAUGUAAAAAAAGCAUACUGCGUUUGCCCAAACUACGACAAGCUCGUAGCUGGACUGUUGGCUGACGGUCCUGAUGGCUUACACUUCCAUUGUUUUAUCACCCCCGGUAUGCCGGUCAAACCCAUGUUGGCUCAUCCGACUCGUGGCGUAGUGGAUGUGCUGAAGCGUUUCGACGAGGCUGAUUUCACGUGCGAAUACAAGUACGACGGAGAACGUGCUCAAAUCCACGUUUUGGACCCCCGAACUUGCCGUGUGUAUUCACGCAAUCAGGAGGACAACACCUCAAAAUAUCCGGACAUUGUAAACACAUUAAUGCCUCGAGUCUUGAAAUCCGCGAAACUCACUGAGGCUGCUCUUCAGCACAUGGGUUCGGAAGCUGACUCAAAAAGUACCGCUGUGGAAAGCUGCAUUCUGGACGCCGAAGUUGUGGCUUGGGACCGACAAGGUGGACACAUCCUUCCAUUCCAAGUCCUGUCCACAAGGAAAAGAAAGGAUGUCGAUGAAGCCGCGGUCAAAGUUCAGGUUUGCGUCUACGCAUUUGACAUUCUCUUCAUCAAUGGCGUCUCAUUGAUCGAAAAACCAUUACGCGUUCGUCGGGAAAUAAUUCGAGAAACGUUUUCUCAGAUACACGGUGAAUUCAUGCUCGCGACUUCCCUGGACUCGUCAGACACUGAACAGAUCGCGUCAUUCCUUGAAGAGUCAAUCAAAGGUAACUGCGAAGGAUUGAUGGUCAAAACUUUGGAUCGGAAUUCCACCUAUGAAAUUGCCAAGCGCUCACACAACUGGCUUAAAUUGAAGAAGGACUAUUUGGACAAUGUGGGCGAUACGCUAGAUCUUGUGGUUAUUGGUGGAUUUCAUGGAUCUGGUAAAAGAGCUGGACGAUACGGUGGAUUUCUACUGGCUUGCUACGAUGCGGAGUCCGAAGAGUACCAGACCAUUUGUAAAAUCGGCACUGGUAUGACAGACGAAGAUCUGGCAAAGUUUUCGUCAUAUUUCAAAGACUACAUCGUGGAUAAGGCCAAAGCAUAUUACCAAUUCGCUCCGGGUCUGGUUCCAGAUCAUUGGUUCGAACCAACCCAAGUUUGGGAAGUGAAAGCGGCCGAUUUGAGCAUAUCGCCAGCACACAAAGCGGCCGCUGGUCUGGCCGACCCCGAAAAGGGUAUUUCACUGCGUUUUCCGCGUUUCGUGCGCAUUCGUGAUGACAAGAAGCCUGAGGAUGCUACCACCGCACAACAGGUGUAUGAAAUGUACAAAAGUCAGGAACAGAUAAAAAAUCAAGAUGGAGGACAGAUGCAAAAUGAAGACGACCUAUAUUAAACGGUUUUCUGUCUGUCAUAUUUAUGUAUCAUUUUCUUUUCUAAGCUCAGGAUAUCAUAAGAUUUACGCAGCAAUAUAUCUGUAUUUACACCCACUUUGGACAGUUAUUGGUUCUGUACGAAAACUAGGACAAAGUUAACAAAUAUACAAUCACAGAAGCUUUGGGAGUGCGCGCAAUCGCUCGAUAUCGAGGAUGCGACCGUGCUCACUGUCACCAACCGAUCGUUGGUCAGCAGUCGGUUUCGUUCGAGUUGUAGGUCCCACUACGACACAGGUUCCGGUUGAGAACUGAGACGUUUCACUAAGCGUGGGAAAUAAAUUUGUGUUUGGGACACAUUUAGUCUGCGGAUCUGCGAGAGGUGAACGUUCCAAGCAUAAACCAUCAAGGAUGUUAGGCACAGUAUUUACGGGGAAGUGGAAU